UCUACGAGAUCGACGUGGUUUAGAUGACUUAACGACAGAAGAGUUGUAAGGCGCUACCACGGCUUCAUCGCCAUCGCCAGCCUCGUGGCUGCCCAGCCGAAUCAGCCCAAUGUCGCCAUAUCCAUAUGCCGGAGUCGCGGGGGGCGUCGGGUGGUUGGAGUCGCGGGACGACAACACGGGGUUUAUGGGCCAGGGCGACUUCAACAGGUCCAGGACUGCCUUCAACCGAACCCAGUUCGCCAACCAGCGAAUGUUCUUCAAUGAUUUGAAGUUUUCCGCCGCCAAAUCCAUCAGGACCUCAGCCAUCAUCCUGGCCUCUUUCAACAUCAUAGCCGCCUUUGCUACCGCUCUGGGAAUUUUGUGUGAAUCGUACUUUCGGAAAAAGAGGAACGAUAGGAACUUCAGGUUCUGGCGUAAUGGCUUCAGUUUUGUUCCCGAGGCCGAAACCUUUCCCCUUGUUCUAUCCGUCGGCAUCUUGAUCCAAAGCUUCAUCUUUGCCGGCGUUCAGUCUACGGGCUUGGACGACUUUCUAGGCAGGGGCUGUAUAUGGAUCUCCCAGCUCAUGCUCCCCGCCGUGUUUAUUGCACCCUACACGCAGCUUGUAUUCGGUGUCGAGAUCGCCAGCAGAGCCCUUCGCAAGAACCCCUUCGCGCCCAGAGGACAAUACAAUGUCUCGAUCUGCCUCUCCAUCGCCUGGAUGCUUGUUCUCGCCAACUUUCUCGUCGCGAACUUCGAUCAGCCUUCGGAUUUCUGCAUAACUUCCCUCUUUUGGUUUAUUUCCCAUUAUUCUGUCAUGUGCUUUGGUCUUCUAGUCGCCAUAGCGUCCACUAUCUUCGCGUCUGCCGUGACCGUGUUCCUUCGUCUACACCGCAGCAUCAAUGUCGAAGUUACCGCCAGGAUUGCCGCUUCUAGAAUGGUAUACUAUCUAGCCCUCGCAGUCAUCUCGAACUCAUUCAUGAUUCCGUUCUUCUUCGUUCAAGGUUUCAGGGACAGGCCUCGAGGACCAGGCACCAACGCCCCAACCCUCGCCAUGAUCGCCUCGGUCGUGGCUAACGUCUCUGGGCUGAUGAACGGCGGGCUUUAUCUAUUCCUUAAAUCUAGCACUUCGUCGACCAUUGGACCUAGGGACAAGGCUGCCGAGUACGAAAACAGAAGAGCUCGGUACAAGGCCGAGCGCCAACAAUCCAACGACCCCGACGACGACGACUUCGACAACCAUUUGAUGAAUCCAGUGGCUGGCUCGCGGGGCCUGCGCCGAAUGGACAGCGAAGCCAGUCUGAUCACCGCCGAGAAAGAGGAGGAAACACUGGAUGGCAGGAGCAUGAGCUCGGCCUCAUUCAGGAAUGGCAGACGAAGCCCAGACUCCAUGCGCUCCAACAGGCUGGUUUCGGCCGUGGCAUCAGUCCUGAUGCCCAAGGCACCAGAGCCUGCACGCAUUCCCCCGACAACUACCGGCCCCCACAUGCGCAAACGUUCAUAUUCAUUAUUUCCGAGGGGUACCAUGUCUUCAAAGGCGUCGCUGCUACUGCCUGCCACGACGUACUCGCCCGCCGAUGCUCUCAAGCCGCCGCCGUCGAUGGCCAACCUUUCAAACAUGCGCCACCGAAGGGACUCAUCAAUGGUGUCGUCGGCCACUGUUCAAAUCGGCCUUCGUCUCUCCUCAGUCGCCGAUAUGCCUCCACUGUCCCAAAACAAAGUUGUGGCCAGCGAUCAUGUGGUCCAUACCCUCGGUUGCCCCAACGCACCCCCGGGCCUUGACUCGCAAAGCCCCAAACGAGCCGGAGCCGUCGGUUCUGGCUCUACCACCCCUACCCCGUCCGCCGAAAUCGUAGACCAGGAGCCGCAAAGAGACCCCGUCAAAGACGCCAAGAUGAAGACCCUCCCGCCUGUCCCGAGAAUCAACAGCCAAGUCCCCAAGGCCGAGCCGGCGAAAGAGGAGUUCACCCUCAGCCCCAAAUUCUACAGCCCCAGCUCCCCGACCAAGGCCAGGUUACCGAGCCCAAAGGGUGUCGGCAGCCCUCCCCGGAGCCCGCCACGGCGCCGUGGCACGGGGGAGACCACGCCGCCAAUGACGAACGCCAAGGGCGACUGGAUCUAGACCUGGCCGGAAACCAGGUAUAACAACUGUGCGGCCUUGUUUGCGAAGCAUUUUCUAGGUGUUUAAGGGGUCGGUCAUCUGAUAGACAGCGCCGCUUGGUACGGCCCAUUGAUGCAAAUACCCCACCACCACCUCAUACGAUACAGUGCCAGCGGCAUCUGGCACUUGGGAUUAAUCGUCUUU